AUGUCCAACCGCAAGCGGCGCGCACCGGGCGCAUCACCACAGGCACCGACGCAGACAUACCAGCACGAUAUCCCGGCGCCAGCCGAUCAGUACAUCAACUGGAACGAAUCCGCAACCGGCGGUGACAUGAACUUCAACGAUCCGCCCCUAUACGACAACUAUGGUACCAGCAUGGGCGGUGGACACAACCGGGUCGUGUCGCUCGACAGCUACAACGACAACGCGCAAAUGUCGGGACAAUUGGUACGGCGGAACACAAACCAGCAACUCGCACCUGCCCCGCGGCGAAACCAGUGGGACGGGUUCCCAAGCCCGACACAGCAGUGGGAGACGGUCGAUGAUGACGAAGAGCUGGAGCAGAAGGCGGCACUUGCGAAGAAGGAUGCGCAGGCGAAGCGAAAGCAGAUUCCGCCAUUCGUUCAGAAGCUGAGCAGUUUCCUCGAUAACAACAAGAACGAAAACCUCAUUCGAUGGUCCGACGACGGCAAUAGUUUCAUCGUUCUAGACGAGGACGAGUUUGCGCGAACGCUGAUACCCGAGCUCUUCAAGCAUAACAACUACGCCUCGUUUGUACGGCAGCUGAACAUGUAUGGAUUCCAUAAGAAGGUUGGAUUGUCGGACAACUCUAUGAAAGCUAGCGAGACAAAAGCGAAAGCACCGAGCGAGUACUACAACAAAUACUUCAAGCGUGGCAGACAAGAGUUACUAUGGCUAAUCCAAAAACCAAAGAACCCGCCUGCCGGGCCCAAGCGAAAGCGGGACGAAGAGCACAAGGGUGACAGCGAUGAAGAUCGCAAGUACAUUCAAGACACAGGAGGCGGGGGCUACGUUGAAGAAGUGGCAGUCCGUGGGAACGAACAAAUGGCCAUGAUCCCGCGAUCUGAGUACAACAGUCUACGGGUCGAGGUCCGAGAACUUCAGCAGCAACAAAAGCUAAUUUCAAAUGUCUUGACGCAAAUCAAACGCCAAAAUGAAGAGCUGUACUCAAGAGCGACAUCCUUCCAAGCGCUGCAUGACCGCCACGAGAACUCAAUCAACGCCAUCCUGACAUUCCUUGCCACAUUUUACAAUCGGAGUCUAGAGGGCAACGCCAACAUGAAUCUUGCUGACAUGUUCCCUGGAUCACGGCAACAACCCCACGGUAAUGUUGUCGAUGUGGAUGACUACCCUAUGCAAGAAGCAAAUAAGUCUCCACAUGUGCAGCGAAAUAAGAAGCCACUAGCCAUUCUUCCCGCGCCCGGUCCUAACCAAGAGCUCCUGCAGCCGACAACGACGGGCCGUGCCACAACUAUCAGCCCUACCACAAGACCGCUCACGAGCCCCACAGGACGUUCUGGAAGCCGACCGACAGUGUUCAGGCAGUCAGUCCCACUCAACCGACAGCAGUCCCAGUCCCAAUCGCCAUACCCAACUUCAACGGGCAGAGACAGCAGCCUAUCCGGUGCUCCAGCAAAGGCCGACACGCCAUCCAAUCUGACACCCGUACCCGAGAAUGACGCCAUCAUGUCUGCAAUACAAGACGCCAACGCCAGUGCUGGGCAGUCCACGAAUCAAGCCCCAGACUUUGAUUACGCCGCCGCCCUCUCAAAUUACCAAACACAAGAUGGCCACGUGCCUCUCACCCAACAACAACGCAACGACGUCCUCUCGCAAAUCGUCUCAAACACAUCGGCCCAAAACACAAACAAUGCCCUUACUAACCCCAACCCACCCGAAAUGGCUCGUCUCCUUGAUGACCUAGCACACUACCAAGCCACACAGCAACAGCUCGAAAUGCUGCAAAAGCUGUCGGAUCAACAGAACCACAAGAUCCAAAAUAUCCAUGAAAGGAUAUUGCCGCUUAGCCCGACGGGUCAGAUUGAGGGUAUUGGUGCUGGUGGAAACGGUCAAGACGGCUAUUUUGACGCUAACCCGCUAGGAGAACCAGGGAAUUAUGAUUUGAACAUUGACAACUUUGUCCAUGAUGACGACUUUUUCACCGACAAUGGAAACCGCACCGGGGGCGGGGAUGUCGGCUUCGAGAACCCUGGGCUCCCCGAUUUUAACUUUGAUACUGCCGGGUUCGGAGAGGCUGAUGGUAGUGGCGGUGCAGAGGCGUUUACGUUUCCCGGCGAGGAAAUGGUGGAUGCGGUGGGCAAAGUAGAUUUGAGUGCUGGUAGUGGUGAUGUUCCUGAUGCCACUGCAGACGCCAAGUUGCCUAUUGGGACUGAAGAUGUUGCCAAGGUGGAGAGUGCGAGCUCGAAUUCUACCUCUCCGGCUGCGACAGUGGAAGAGGUCGAGGACGAGACUAGGAGGCGGAGUCCUAAGAGGAGACGGAAAUGA